AUGAUUGGCCAGAAAAUUGCAGCACUUUAUAUGGAGAUUGUUGUGAAGGAGAUGGAGGAAGGAAUGUCGAACUACACAUGGUACGCAGGUCCGUCUCUAGUUGGGGCUCUGAAGAAGGACUGGGCCUCUCCAAACAGCAUUGCUAUCUCCUGGCAACAACCCGAACAAACAACACUGCCCAUCCUCGACUACGAGAUCAAAUAUUAUGAGAAGGAACAUGAGCAGUUGAGCUACUCAUCAACGCGUACCAAGGCUCCCAGUGUGAUCAUCUCAGGUUUAAAACCCGCGACCUGGUACGUCUUCAGUGUGAGAACUCGCACGCCAGCUGGAUACAGUUCCUACUCCCAUAAAUAUGAAUACGAAACUACAGGAGACUCAUCAGACAUUGCUUCUGACCAAGGCCAGGUGUUGGUUAUCGUGACAGCAGCGGUUGGUGGCUUUACCCUCCUCGUCAUCCUCACCCUCUUCCUACUGAUCACUGGAAGGUGUCAGUGGUACUUUAAGGCCAAGAUGACUUCAGAGGAGAAAAGGAGGACCAAUUAUCAGAAUGGACAUGUCCCUUUCCCAGGAAUAAAGACCUAUGUGGACCCUGAUACAUAUGAAGACCCAACACAGGCCGUCCACGAGUUCACCAAAGAGAUCGACCCAUCCAGGAUCCGCAUCGAGAGGGUGAUAGGAGCUGGUGAGUUUGGCGAGGUAUGCAGCGGUCGCCUGAGAACACCAGGGAAGAAGGAGAUCGCUGUGGCGAUAAAGACACUGAAAGGAGGCUAUGUGGAGCGUCAGAGGCGGGACUUCCUGCGCGAGGCGUCAAUCAUGGGCCAGUUUGACCACCCCAACAUCAUCAGACUGGAGGGUGUGGUCACCAAAAGCAGGCCUGUGAUGAUUGUGGUGGAGUACAUGGAAAAUGGAUCGCUGGACUCAUUUUUGAGGCAACAUGAUGGUCACUUUACUGUCAUCCAGUUGGUUGGCAUGCUACGUGGCAUCGCCUCGGGCAUGAAGUAUCUGUCAGACAUGGGCUACGUUCACAGAGACCUGGCAGCUCGAAACAUCCUGGUCAACAGUAAUCUGGUGUGUAAAGUGUCAGACUUCGGCCUGUCCCGAGUCCUGGAGGACGACCCGGAGGCUGCUUACACCACAACGGGCGGUAAGAUCCCCAUCCGAUGGACUGCUCCUGAGGCCAUCUCAUACAGGAAGUUCACCUCGGCCAGUGACGCGUGGAGUUACGGCAUCGUCAUGUGGGAAGUGAUGUCAUACGGGGAGCGGCCAUACUGGGAGAUGUCCAAUCAGGAUGUGAGUAUUGUAGUGAUCAAAAUAGAUGUCAGGCGUCUUGGGGUGGAGCUGAUCGGCCACCAGAGGCGGAUCAUCAGCAGUGUUCAGACCCUCCGCCUUCAGCUACUGCACGAACAGGAGAAGGGUUUCCAUGUAUGA